GAGAAGGCGAGCCGGGGACGGCAGCCCUAGCGGAGCCUCCUUUACUUCUCUCGCCCCGCCUAUAAAAGCCGCCCGCCUCUCCUCCCCCUCCCAACCACUCCGUCUCCUCGCCGCCGCCGCCCGCACCCUCCGAUCGAUUUCGGUUCGAUUGCGGUUUCGUACCCCGCCCGCCGACGAGGCAGCAGCAUCUGUUUUGCUGCAAUCUGACAAAGUGGAGGGCCACGCUGAACCUUCUUUUAUGUCUGAACAAGCAUUGGUCUAUUUGGGAUCAGUUGGAUUGCUGGGAGAAUACUCUCGUGCAACGAGAAAAAGGCAUAAGUUUGUGCUCCCCUGCAUGCAUCAAGAGCCCAUUAGGUUCUCUGGUUCUGAGAGUUCACUUGCCACUGCCUGUGCUGAAAGUAAUCUCCCUGCAGCUACUAUUGCUUCUGAAAUUUGCCACAUCUGAUAGCAUCUGCAGCAGAAAGAUUCUCUCAAGAUGGCGCUGCAAAACAUUGGUGCUUCGAACAAGGAUGAUGCCUUCUACAGGUACAAGAUGCCCAGAAUGUUGACCAAAAUUGAAGGCCGUGGUAAUGGCAUCAAGACCAAUAUCGUGAACAUGGUUGAUAUAGCAAAAGCACUUGCCAGGCCUGCUUCCUACACAACCAAGUACUUUGGAUGUGAGCUUGGGGCACAAUCAAAGUUUGAUGAGAAGACAGGAAUCUCCUUGGUUAAUGGUGCCCAUGACACUUCAAAGCUGGCUGGUUUGCUUGAGAACUUCAUCAAGAAGUAUGUCCAGUGUUAUGGCUGUGGCAACCCUGAGACGGAGGUCCUCAUCUCCAAGAAAGAGAUGAUAACUCUGAAAUGUGCUGCCUGUGGCUUCCUCUCGGAUGUUGACAUGAGGGACAAGCUCACUACAUUCAUCCUGAAGAACCCACCAGAGGCGAAGAAAGGAGGCAAGGACAAGAAAGCUAUGCGGAGGGCUGAGAAGGAGCGUCUGAAAGAAGGUGAAGCAGCUGAUGAGGAGAUGAAGAAACUCAAGAAGGAUGGGAAGAAGAAAGGUGCUUCGUCCAAGGAGAGUACUGCGAAAGGUGUUGCCAAGAAGAAGGGUGCUGGGGGCUCUGAUGAAGAACAUGUCUCAUCACCAAGAGAUGCUGACUUUGCAGCUGCUGCAGACGAUGAUGAUGAUGACGAUGAUGAUGUACAGUGGGCGACUGACACGUCAGCAGAGGCUGCUAGAAAGCGCAUGGAGGAACAGCUGAGUGCAGCAACUGCUGAAAUGGUUAUGCUUGCCACUGAAGAGACCGAGAAGAAGAAGAAACAGGCCCAGCACAAGGAGGACGGUGCCAAUGGCACAUCAAAGGCUGAAGAAACCUCCAAUGGUAAGCAGAAUGGAGCCAAAGCCACUCCCUAUGAUGAACUGGUCGAAGAGAUCAAGGCGAGCCUUGCCAAUGCUGCCACCGCAGCUCAGCUCAAGGGGGUGCUGUCCUCCUCAACCCUGCCCCUGAAGGACAUGAUGGAUGCCCUCUUUGAGGCGCUCUUCCAUGGUGCCGGCAAGGGGUUUGCCAAGGAUGUGGUGAAGAACAAGAAGUACCUUGCUGCUGCUGUGCCUGAUGAAGCCGCCCAGAUGCUCCUGCUCCAGUCCAUUGAGGCGUUCUGCGGCAAGUGCAGCGCCGAGGCCCUGAAGGAGCUGCCUGUCGUCCUGAAGGCCCUCUACGACGGAGACGUCCUUGAGGAAGAGACUAUUGUGCAGUGGUACAAUGAGGCUGUUGCUGCCGGCAAGGACUCCCAGGUCGUGAAGAAUGCCAAGCCCGUCGUGGAGUGGCUCCAGAGCGCCGAGUCCGACGAGGAGUGAGACGCUGUACUGCUUGCUCCCUUUCUGCGCUUCCUUUUUACCACCGCUACUUGCUUAAGUGUCUUUUUAAGUUUGUUUGAAGUGUCCCUCGUCGUUGUGGAUCAGUAUUUGGAGUUUGAGUCAGUUGAGUGUUGCGUCUGAUGUAUUUCAAAGCACCGUGUGUUGGACAAGUUGCGUUGAAGACUAGUUAUAUAUGAAAUGAUGUGGUUUUUUGUCUCUUA